AUGCCUCCGACCAGGACUUCCAGCACCUCGCAGCAGAGCCCGAGCAUCUGCUUCAACUGCCACAAGAAACAGCUGAAGUGCAACCUCGGCCGCAAGACGCCCUGCUCCAACUGCGCCAAAGACAGCGCAAAAUGCGUUCCGUACAACAGGAAGCGAAAAGACGCGCCCGAUCGCGAUGAUCCGAAAGCCCGAAGAGACAGCAAAGACGGAGGCCGAAAGGACAAGGACAAGGGAAAGGACAGGGACAAGAGCAAGGACAAGGGCAAGGAUGAUGGACACAAGAAGCGGAAGGAAGGCGGAUCGCUCGCUCGCGACCUCGACGCCAUCGUCAGAAUCGACCCCAUCGAUACAACCCGCGGGCGAUAUCUCGGCCGGUCGGUCAACUUCGACGAGCCCAUGCAGACGCCCGUGCUGGCGAAAGAGAACCCUCUGAUCUCCGCCGCCGACCUGCAGCUGCUCCGCGAGCAGGACGCCUUCACGCUCCCGACCAACCAAGUCCAGCACGAGCUGAUCACGACGUUCCUGGAGUACGGCCACACCUGGACUCCGAUCAUCGACCCAGCCUGGCUGACCGGGUCUGCUCCCUCGUUCCUCCUGCUGCAAGCCCUCUUCGUCGCCGCCAGCCGCAUGAGCCCGCAGCCCAACGACUACGGUCCGCCCGAGGACUUUUACCGUCGGGCAAAGCUGCUCUUCUUCUUCGGCAUCGAGCGCGACCCGUUGAUCCAGUUGUCUUCGGCGCUCCUGCUGCACUGGUAUAACCCGGUCGGGGCGAAUACACUUGUCACCGACACCAGUGCCUUCUGGCUGCGGACGGCCGAGUCGAUCGCGUUCCAGGUUGGACUGCACAAGGAGCCGGACGGGGGCGAUCGGCAGAAGAGCCUGCGGCGGCGGUUGUGGUGGACGAUGGUGCUGCGCGACUGCAUCACGUCCGCAGAGACCGGCCGACCGCGCACCCUCAACCUCAGCGACAGCGACAUCUUCCCUCCCUCAAUCGACGACUUCCCCGAGCCAGACGCAGAGGCACGGAUCUUCCCUGCCUCGGUCGCAAUCUCCCAGCGCCUGGGCGAGACGGUGGAGCUGUGCCUUCGGAACGAGCUGACAGCCGAGCACAAGCGCUCGCUCGAAGACUCGCUCUUCCGCUGGGCGAAGCAGGACUUCCCCAGCGUGGCCGGCCCGUUCCCAGGCUACUCGAUGGAAGCACGGCAAGUGGCCAUCGCCUACCUCGCCAACCUGAUCAUCCUGGACCGCGCGGCCUUGGACGGCCUCCUGUCUGCCCGCUCCGUGCUAGCGGGCUCCUUCAUCGUGGGGAUCUUCCGCGAGUUCCUGCAAAGCGACUACCUCUGCCGGCUGGGGUCCGGCUUCGCAUUCUACGCCUCCUGCGCCGGCCUAAUCCUCAUCCCCGCAGGGCGAAUCGACAACGCAGUACUGCAAGAGCUAAUCGGCGAAGAAAUCCUCAUGCUCAAAGCAGCACUGCACAUCCUCUCCAGACAAUGGGGCACCGCCUCGGACAGCCUGCGCACGCUGCGGAGCGUCGGAAAAGCCAAGCACGGCAAACGCCUCCACCUAGACCUGAGCCGAAUGGACGAGACGCGCGCGUUCUUCGAGCCGUUCGACAAAACCUGGUGUCGGCUGUGGGCGCCCCUGGUCGAAAACGACGGCAGCCAGCAUGUGUCGCGCAGGCGGGUCGAGAAGCAGAAGAGCGUGCUGGAGCCGUAUGCGAUUGCGCAGGCCAAUGCGUGGGACAUUCCGCCUGUUCCGGUCGAGUAUCCGGACCCUCCUAGCAAAGGGUCUGGCUCUGGCUGUGCGGACUUGGGAGGGGCGUGGCUGCUGCGGAGUGCGCAGGCUCAUGCUCACUCUCACUCUCACUCUCACUCUCACUCUCAGUCGCAGUCUCACCCUCAGUCUCAGUCUGGAGGGUCACGAGAUCGAGGUCAUGCAAGCAGUGGCAGUGGCAGAGGCAGUGGUGCACCCCUGCCUGGCUCCGAGAGGAGAGGCUAG